AUGAUGGCCCCACUUGAGACCGGAACUGCACAACACCUUGCCCUGCGGGAGAAGGCCAAGAACUGGGCAGCCAAGUUCCGUCCCCAACAUCUACUUUGCUAUGACGUUCUUCCCUUGCUCAAGGCAACCGCCUUGAAAACUUUGGAGUACGUGAUGCCCCUUUCCACACUGGGCCGCUCCGACUGGGUGUCCAUCAUGUCACCGAUCCUUCAAGCGAGUUUGCACAAAGCUGGGGUUUGCCGUUCCUUUCCCCGCGUCGUGGUCUUUGCCCCUCUGAAGUACCAGGGAUUGGGUAUCCCGCAUCCUUUCGCCCUUCAAGUCUUCCACCAUCUCAGUG